AUGCUGGUUGGAGCACUCCUUCUCGCUCUCAUAAGCGUCGCGCGAGCCGAUAAUAAAUGGUAUGCGAUAUGGCCUACGGAUAGCGCGAACAAGGCCGCCAACCAGAAGAUUACGGAUGAUCUGACUUCGAAAGUCAAAGACAACCUUUUCGUUUCCAAAAGUGGGCUGGGUAACCACUACUGGUAUGCCCUUCUAAGCGAUGAUGAUAAGAAGCACUAUGACGGCUUUGACGGUGUUCGCCACGUUGCAUUGCCAGAAGCAAAUUCAGGAGACAGAUAUUUCAAACCAAUAACUCAACAAAGCCGAUCGCUACACAAGAGAGAUCCUCCGGAGUCACAAAAACCCGCACCCGAUCACCUUAAAAUUAUCUCGCAGGCCAAUGGCCAGAAAUUUUCUGACUUGGACGGGUACUAUUACGACAAAUCUGCGGGAGAUGGCAUAAAAAUCUAUAUCAUUGAUACAGGACUCAAUAAGCACGAUACCGAAUUUCCAAACCAGAUCAGCUGGCUUCACGCGGGCCCCUUCCCAGACAAUGUAGAGAAUGACUCGGAUACUUCCCCGGAUGAGGGCCAUGGGACUUGUAUGGCUUCCUCAGCCCUUGGUGUGAAAGACGGGGUAGCUAAGAAAGCUGUCCUCACUAUGGUCAGAGCCGAUACCCAUACUAGCACCGACAAAAUUCCCGAUGGAACAGCGAUUUCGCCUGAGCGCUGGAUCGAUUCUUUGGCAAUAACAUAUGACGACAUUGUGAAGAACAAUCUCAAAGGAAAAGCAGUCGUCAGUAUGUCUUGGGGUGUUGACCAGAAGAAGGAAGACAACGCUUACUCCGAGUGUAUUCGGGACGCUUUCAAAUUUCUCUUGAAUGAACUUCUGAAGCUGGAUGUUCCUCAAAUCAUCGCAGCCGGCCAGAAUAAAGGACUCCCAGGACCAGGUGUUGAUCCAGAUCUGAUAACUACAUAUCCUGCCCUCCUCGGAGUAGGCGACACCCCAGACAUCCCAGGUCUCACCGUAGUUGCCUCAGUGGAUAAAGAUGGUGACUAUGAAGCAGGUAGCAGACGGGAUGAUAAAAAGACAAUUGCCGCAAUGGGUGACGGAGCAGAAUGCGCAAAAUCAUCUGGAAGUGGAGAGUACAUUACAUCAGGAACAUCACCUGCUACAGCCCAAGUAGCGGGACUUCUCGCAUAUUUCAUGAAGCUUGGCAAGUCAGGAGCUGACGCCCGCACACAACUAUUUGACAAGGCUUACAAGCGAUCCUCAGGCAAUGACCCAGCAAGCAAAGUCGCCUGGAAUUUGAUCAACACACGCGACCCCGGCAGCGCAAGCACCCCCGCAAAUCCAACCGCAUCCUCUGGUAGCACACCAAACGGCCUCCAAUGCAAAGGAAUUGGCGGUGACCUCUGGGUCUUAAGCCGCGAUCAGGCAGCCGAAGCAGCAAGACAGUUCUGCGGCCAAGACGUCUCGCCAAAAGAAUACUACCAAGGCAGCGCCAACUACCUCUCCCUAGAAGUAGCCAACGUCAACGACAAGACCAAACCUAUGACCGCGGCCCCCGACUGCGCAAACACGUUCAUCAGCCAAGUCAUCGACGGCUGUGACGGCUCCGACAAACUCAACAACCCUUUCAACUACAAAUUCGGCGGCACUUUCACCACCCCCGACGGCUGGCAAUUCACGCUGACCCCGAAAGCGCAGAAGACCAAGGACGAGAGCUGCAACGUCAAGUAUAAGUUCCUCUUUGACGAUUUUGAGGUCCAGGGGAAGUAUUUCCCAGAUGCAGUCUUGGGCGCGAAUGGAGAGGGUCUGCAGAAGCAGAUUUCGGGCUGUGGGAAGCUGGAGAAUUGGAAUUUUCAACGCCAUGCGACUGAUCAGGAUAAUGAGUGGCAGUGGACGGCGAGUGGGCGGUUGCCGAUUGGAACGAAGAGCUGUGUUGGCAGCGCCACGAGGAGCGCGGGAGGGAAUGAUAAUGCGCCUGAUGGAUGCAAGGGAGCUGGUUAG